AAGUAAAAUACGACUCCUCAUCUUGAAGCCCUCUUAAACCCUAGAUGUCCUCCGCCUACUUCCCCAGCAACAAACUACCACCACAAACGGGUGUUCUCUGUUUCUUUCUCCACCACCACCACCUACUCUACGCCCUCGCACCACCAACAGCUAGCUCCAGUCAGCCACCAUCUUCAAUUGUUGCUACCAUCCAUGCCUCCUCUACAACCUAUAAGAGGGUCAUCAGACAUCCCUUCCCCCAGCAACCCUCACGUGCUCACCCAAAUGUUCUCCCUUCAUUAUCGAGGCGCUGGAAUUGCAUUUCUACCUCCACCGGUGUCCGCUACCCACUCUGUUGCUCCGCCUCCCCUAUGUCUGAUAAUGUUACCCUCACCCUCUGUUCCGAACUCUGCCAUCUCCUAUCUCUCAUAUAUCGUUGGUAACCAUAAAAAACAACUCUCCUGGUAACCUGAUUAGGUAAUUACAUCAUACAGGUGUUUGUUAUUGCUCAAAGGGAAUGUUUGGAUUCUUUCUUUUUUCACAGAACUUUGUUUUCAGCUAUGUUGCUCUACAUAAGCUUGGAAUUACAUAACCAAUCCCCUACUCUUCCUUCUCCAACACCGACCGCUACCAAGUCAUACAUGAGCCAUGUUGAAUAUCAAAUUCCCUGAAGGUCCAUUUGUUGGUUUUGGUGAGGUUAUUGUUAUUUUCCUAUAAGUUUCCCUUACAUUCAUUCUUUCUAUGAUUUCUUUAAAUAUGACAGGUGUAGCUGAUCAUUUUGAAGGAGUUGAAUGACAUUAUGAAAAUAUGAUAUAUAUCAUCUAUGUGAGAACAUAUGAUUUUGUGCUUCUUGAAAAGAAAGGCAAUGAAGAAACAAAAGUUGACGGACACUAUUUUAACAGGAUUCCCAACUCUCUUUAACCUAAAAGUUUUGCAACAUCAUCGAUGUCUAUUUGUAUCAUUCAUCUUGAUUUUCCACCAUCAAGACGCUUAUCAUAAAGCAAACAGAUCAAGUUUAUCAUGCUUUACUAAUUCAAGCCACACAAACAUUUUAUUCUUGGUGAUAAUUAUAAAAAGGCUUCAAACUGUUCAAGAUACCGCUUGAGGAUUAGUAUUUCACACUCUAUGUCGGCUACCAAGGAUUCUAUCAACUCUUGGAAAGCUCAUGACGGUUAUUGCAGACACCGUUUACGAAAGGGACCGAACACGUUUACUUGCUAAAGUAAUGAAAGCGUGUUUCGAAAGGUUCUUAUUGGUUGUACCUUUUGGCGGUUGAUUGAAGAUGAUUUUAAGUAGAUUAAUUUUUUUUCAAAUGGUGAUGGGUACUUGCUAC